AUGGGCUGCGCAAGUGGAAAAUAAACUACUAAUGUUGAUUAAGUGCAUUUAGCAAUUACUCAGAAGGAAAAUGCUGGAUUUACAUUAAAUGGCUCUGAUCAUAAUUGUAAAUUCUAACAUCCCUUAUUUUCAAUUAUAGAAAAGGAAUAAAAGAAUAUAGAAGAUAUUGUUAGUCCAGCACCUCAAGCAGGAGUCAAAAUAAAUAUUACAAAUAAAGAAGCCAAUGACUAUCACAAGUUUCCUCAGCCUGGAAAGUUCAGAAUCCAAGCAACCAAGCCUAUGAACAAUCAAAGGGACCUUUCCUUAGCCUAUUCCCCAGGUGUUGCUUUCCCAUGCUUGGACAUCCAUAAGGAUCCAGCAAAAGCCUAUGACUAUACUAUUAAAGGGAAUAUGGUAGCAGUAAUAUCGAAUGGUACUGCUGUGCUAGGAUUGGGUAAUCUAGGAGCUCUUGCUGGGAAGCCAGUAAUGGAAGGCAAGGCAGUGCUUUUCAAUAAGUUCGCAGGUAUUUAAUCUAUUGAUCUUUGCAUUGACGCCUACACUAUUGAUGAAUUCGUGAAUUGCGUAAAAUUCUUAGGCUCUUCUUUUGGUGGAAUCAAUCUAGAGGAUAUCAAAGGGCCUGAUUGCUUUGAGAUAGAGUCAAGACUCAAAUCUAUGAUGAAAAUACCAGUGUUUCAUGAUGAUUAACAUGGCACGGCAAUCAUAUGUCUAGCUGGACUCAUAAAUGCAGUGGAGUCAUCUAAAAAGAAUAUCAAGGAAAUCAAGAUAGUUUGCAAUGGAGCUGGUGCUGCUGGAAUUGCUUGUGUCAAUCUAAUAUAAGCCUACGGGGCUAAGAAAGAGAACUGCUUGAUGGUUGAUACUAAAGGGGUUAUAUAUAAGGGAAGAACAGAUGGUAUGAAUGAUUGGAAAGAGAAUUUAGCAGUAGAAACUGAGAAGAGGACUCUUGCUGAUGCAGUCAAUGGAGCAGAUGUCUUUAUUGGGGUCUCAGCUAAGGGUGCACUAACUAAGGAUAUGGUUAAGACUAUGGCUCGUGAUCCUAUUAUCUUUGCUAUGGCCAACCCAGAUCCAGAAAUCACUCCAGAGGAUGCGAGAGAAGCCAGAUCAGAUGCAAUUAUAGCUACAGGUAGAUCUGAUUAUCCCAAUCAGAUCAACAAUGUCCUUUGCUUCCCCUUUAUUUUCAGAGGAACUCUUGAUACUAGGGCAACCUAAAUUAAUGAGCAUAUGAAAAUGGCAGCUGCUGAUGCUAUUGCUAAGUUAGCAAGAGAGCCAGUUCCUAAAGAAGUCCUCUAAGCAUACGGUCGAGAUAGUAUGUAAUUUGGAAAAGAUUAUAUAAUUCCAACUCCUUUUGAUCCUAGAUUAAUAUACGUGGUUUCUAAAGCAGUAGCUAAGGCAGCAAUGGAGAGCGGAGUAGCUACCAGGCGCAUUGAGGAUUGGGAUGAGUAUGAUAAAGAAUUGUCACACAGGAUAGGAAAAAUUUGA